AUCUCAACAAGGAUCCAUCAUCAUGAAGGGAUUUCUCCUGCUCGGAGCCCUCUGUGUCCUCUCAUUGGCCUUUCUGGUAGAAGAAGGUAAGUUAUCUAAAGGAAACUGAUUUUGCUCCUGUAAAAUUUUGUCUAAUUUAUUGUUAAUAUUUUCAACUUUUAUAAUAUUGUAAAGUGCUGCGUAAUACGUUGUCGCUAUGUAAAUACCGGAUAAUAAUAAUAACAACAAUGGACUGUGAGCUAAACACAACAUGUAUCUCUGUAACCACAGACAGAAUGGAACAAUGGGGGAAGCAGGGUAUAUAAUGACUGGGGGGACAAACAGAAUGAUACAAUGGGGGAAGCAUCGUAUAUAAUGACUGGGGGGACAGAAAGAACAGAACAAUGGGGGAAAUUGCGUAGAGUAAAUAAUGACUGGGGGCAGACAGAAUGUAACAAUGGGGGAAAUAACGAAAAUAAAAUGACUUGGGGGAAAGACAGUAUGGAACAAUGGGGGAUACAGCGUAUAUAAUGACUGCUGGGACAAACAGAAUGGAACAAUGGGGGAUAUAUUGUAUAUAAUGACUGGGGGGACAAACAGAAUGAUACAAUGGGGAAGCAGGGUAUAUAAUGACUGGGGGGACAAACAGAAUGAUACAAUAGGGGAAGCAGCGUAUAUAAUGACUGGGGGGACAGAAAGAACAGAACAAUGGGGGAAACUGCGUACUGUAAAUAAUGAUUUGGGGGAAAGACAGAAUGGAACAAUGGGGGAUACAGUGUAUAUAAUGACUGGGGGGACAGACAGAAUGGAACAAUGGGGGAUACAACGUAUAUAAUGACUGGGCGGACAGACAGAACGUAACAAUGGGGGAAACAGCGUAUAUAAUGACUAAGGGGACAGACAGAAUGGAACAAUGGGGGAAACAGUGUAUGUAAUGACUGGGGGGACAGACAGAAUGGAACAAUGGGGGAAACAGUGUAUGUAAUGACUGGGGGAGACAGAAUGGAUCACUGGGGGAAACAGUGUAGAUAAUGACUGGGGAGACAGACAGAAUGGAUCAAUGGGGGAUACAGUGUAUAUAAUGACUGGGCGGACAGACAGAACGUAACAAUGGGGGAUACAACGUAUAUAAUGACUGGGCGGACAGACAGAACGUAACAAUGGGGGAAACAGCGUAUAUAAUGACUAAGGGGACAGACAGAAUGAACCAAUGGGGGAAACAGCAUAUAUAAUGACUGGGGGGACAGACAGGAUGGAACAAUGGGGGAAACAGUGUAGGUAAUGACUGGGGGGACAGAAAGAACGGAACAAUGGGGGAAACUGCGUAGGUAAUAACUGGGGGAGACAGAAUGGAUCAAUGGGGGAAACAGUGUAGAUAAUGACUGGGGAGACAGACAGAAUGGACCAAUGGUGGAAGCAGCGUAUAUAAUGACUGGGUGGGCAAACAGAAUGGAACAGUGGGGAAUAGAAGUAAUCUAACAAUAGAGAAUAGACAGAAUGUAACAAUAAGGUAUAGAAACAAUAUAACAUUGUGGGAUAGACAGAAUGUAACAAUGGGGGAUAGACAGAAUGUAACAAUGAGGGAUAGAAUGAAUGUAACAAUGGGGGAUAGAUAUAAUGUAACAAUGGGGCAUAGACAGAAUGUAACAAUGGGGGAUAGACAGAAUGUAACAAUGCAUGAUAGACAGAAUGCAACAAUGGGAGAUAGACAGAAUGUAACAAAGGGGGAUAGACAGAAUGUAACAAUGGGGGAUAGAGAGAAUGUAAAAACAGGGGAUAGGCAGAAUGUAACAACGGGGGAUAGACAGAAUAUAACAAUGCGGGAUAGACAGAAUGUAACAACGGGGGAUAGACAGAAUGUAACAAUGGGAGAUAGGCAGAAUGUAACAAUGGGGGAUAGACAGAAUGUAACAAUGGGGGAUAGACAGAAUGUAACAAUGGGAGAUAGGCAGAGUGUAACAAUGGGGGAUAGACAGAAUGUAACAAUAGGAGAUAGGCAGAAUGUAACAACUGGGGAUAGACAUAAUUAAACAAUGAGGGAUAGACAGAAUGUAAUAACGGGGGAUAGAUGGAAUGUAACAAUGAGGGAUAGACAGAAUUUAACUAUGCGGGAUAAACAGAAUGUAAAAGUGAGGGAUAAACAGAAUGUAACAACGGAGGAUAGACAGAAUGUAAUAAUGGGGGAUAGACAGAAUGUAAUAAUGGGGGAUAGAAAGAAUGUAACAAAGGGUAGACACAGACAAUAAUGCAGCCCUCUCAUUCUCAGUUUAAAGAAUCCCUGAUCUGAUAAAAAUGGUGGGUAAUUUUAUGUCAUUUGUAAACAGCCGUUAUAUAUUCUGAUAAAAUUCUAACUCCUAUUAUUAUUGUCCUGUCUGGCUCAGAGCAGCGCCAGUGGGAGAUUCUCUCUCUUUGCAGUGAAUUUAUGUUGGAUUUCACAUAAUUCUUGCCUUAGUAAAUGUAGCGGAGUAGUACUAUUAUCCACGGUCUCUCCGCUGGUAGACAGAAUCAGAAACAAAGCAGGUAAAAUCCAGGUAGCGUAGUUACAAUCCCUUCCUCCCAAGAACUAUUGCUUGGAGGUCAACUUGGAGGUCAACUGAGGUUUUAAUUACAGGCACAGUAUUUAUGGGAUUCCCCAUGCAAGGGGUUUCCCUACUGACAUUCCAGGGGUGGCACAGUAGGGGACUACAUGGGGAACUGAACAAUACAUGCAUUUUUCCCACCAUGCACUGCUGCACGAGAGGGAUACUCCCACGAGAAUAUACCGUUAAGUGGAUUAUCCCUCCGUGCAGCAGAACUUACAUUUCACAUUAAAAUACAUAUCUCCCAUAAUAUUCCCUUCAUUUAAACAAAUGGACGAUUGGUAGAUAGCUGGGGUAUGAGCGCAUAGUUCGUGAGAAUACCGCUCAGAUCCCAGCCUAACUAACCGAACGCCGCACGAAACACACAUUAAAUUCAAGUUCUGCUCAAAGUACCGAUUGACAUCAGGGAAACAACCUACCGAACGGCCGGGGCUCCUGAACGGCCUGGAAGUCCAGCGGGGUUCGCGCCGUCGAGUAGCCGAUUUUGGUUCCAGGCGCUCGACGACCAAACCCCGCUGGGUUAACAAAGGAACCAAGAUGGCCAACCGCCGCGUGGUCGGUAGUCGAACGAUGGCCACCUAGGAACACACUUUAUUACCGAUUGCAACAAUGUUGCAAUCGGUUAAUGGGCGCCACACGACCUCGUCCAUUCGGUAAGAUAUUCGUUUCACAAACAGUGUUGAAACUCACUGUUCGUGAAACUACAGUUUGAAUGCUGGGGUUUUCAUACCGCCAGCAUACGAAUGCCCUCAUUCGCCUGAAAUGCAAUUACAAUCAUACACUUGUCUCUACAGCUUUAGAAAGAAUACAAACAGACUCAUACAUUGAUAGUCUCCAGUGGCUAGUUUUGCCACAGUAAAUAACUCUGUGAGUGUUAUUGCUUUGAAGCCAAAUUCAUAUGAAAUUGUGGAUUACAACACCCACUAUUCUUAGACUAUGUUUAUUUACCCAGACAAUAAAAACCUGAAGCUGCUGUUUAAACAUUCCUCUUCCUGGGUGCCUGAGGUAAUGGGAGUUGUGAUCUGCUCGAUUCUAUUCCCCAUGAUAUUCUAACAGGGAUUCAGAACCUUCGCUGUUAUUAUAUUGUCUAUGCAGGACUUGUAAAGUGCUUUUUCUGAUAUGUUGCAUGGAAUGGUUUUGAAAUUCUCAAUAAUCAAUUUCUUUUGGUUUCAUCGAACGAGUUAUAUAUAUAUAAAAUUAUAAAUAUAUACAUUUUAUUUAUAUAAGACUGCCAAAAGACGUGCUCUAUUAGCAGAGAUUGCGCGCGUGCAGAGACAGAAACUAACACAGAGAGCGCCAAACUGUGUAAUAUGUACUACCUAUAUAAAUACAGAUACAACAGACAGAAAAGAAAAGCAAAUAUAAAAACACACAAUGAUAUAAAACAUACUGCAAUGGAGGACAUCUAUGAUAUGAUAACAGAGUUAAAGAAUACAAAGUGUAAAGUCACUAUCCUUCCAGUAGGUGUCACUAGUAUUAAACACAGUCUGAGAGAGUACAGGAAACAAAGUGUAAAGUCACUAUCCUUCCAGUAGGUGUCACUAGUAUUAAACACAGUCUGAGAGAGUACAGGAAACAAAGUGUAAAGUCACUAUCCUUCCAGUAGGUGUCACUAGUAUUAAACACAGUCUGAGAGAGUACAGGACACAAAGUGUAAAGUCACUAUCCUUCCAGUAGGUGUCACUAGUAUUAAACACAGUCUGAGAGAGUACAGGAUACAAAGUGUAAAGUCACUAUCCUUCCAGUAGGUGUCACUAGUAUUAAACACAGUGUCUGAGAGAGUACAGGACACAAAGUGUAAAGUCACUAUCCUUCCAGCAGGUGUCACUAGUAUUAAACACAGUCUGAGAGAGUACAGGACACAAAGUGUAAAGUCACUAUCCUUCCAGUAGGUGUCACUAGUAUUAAACACAGUCUGAGAGAGUACAGGAUACCAAGUGUAAAGUCACUAUCCUUCCAGUAGGUGUCACUAGUAUUAAACACAGUCUGACAGAGUACAGGACACAAAGUGUAAAGUCACUAUCCUUCCAGUAGGUGUCACUAGUAUUAAACACAGUCUGAGAGAGUACAGGAUACAAAGUGUAAAGUCACUAUCCGUCCAGUAGGUGUCACUAGUAUUAAACACAGUCUGACAGAGUACAGGAUACAAAGUGUAAAGUCACUAUCCUUCCAGUAGGUGUCACUAGUAUUAAACACAGUCUGAGAGAGUACAGGAUACAAAGUGUAAAGUCACUAUCCUUCCAGUAGGUGUCACUAGUAUUAAACACAGUCUGAGAGAGUACAGGAUACAAAGUGUAAAGUCACUAUCCUUCCAGUAGGUGUCACUAGUAUUAAACACAGUCUGAGAGAGUACAGGAUACAAAGUGUAAGUCACUAUCCUUCCAGUAGGUGUCACUAGUAUUAAACACAGUCUGAGAGAGUACAGGAUACAAAGUGUAAAGUCACUAUCCUUCCAGUAGGUGUCACUAGUAUUAAACACAGUCUGAGAGAGUACAGGAUACAAAGUGUAAAGUCACUAUCCUUCCAGUAGGUGUCACUAGUAUUAAACACAGUCUGAGAGAGUACAGGAUACAAAGUGUAAAGUCACUAUCCUUCCAGUAGGUGUCACUAGUAUUAAACACAGUGUCUGAGAGAGUACAGGACACAAAGUGUAAAGUCACUAUCCUUCCAGUAGGUGUCACUAGUAUUAAACACAGUCUGAGAGAGUACAGGAUACAAAGUGUAAGUCACUAUCCUUCCAGUAGGUGUCACUAGUAUUAAACACAGUCUGAGAGAGUACAGGAUACAAAGUGUAAAGUCACUAUCCUUCCAGUAGGUGUCACUAGUAUUAAACACAGUGUCUGAGAGAGUACAGGACACAAAGUGUAAAGUCACUAUCCUUCCAGUAGGUGUCACUAGUAUUAAACACAGUCUGAGAGAGUACAGGAUACAAAGUGUAAAGUCACUAUCCUUCCAGUAGGUGUCACUAGUAUUAAACACAGUCUGAGAGAGUACAGGAUACAAAGUGUAAAGUCACUAUCCUUCCAGUAGGUGUCACUAGUAUUAAACACAGUCUGAGAGAGUACAGGACACAAAGUGUAAAGUCACUAUCCUUCCAGUAGGUGUCACUAGUAUUAAACACAGUGUCUGAGAGAGUACAGGACACAAAGUGUAAAGUCACUGUCCUUCCAGUAGGUGUCACUAGUAUUAAACACAGUCUGAGAGAGUACAGGACACAAAGUGUAAAGUCACUAUCCUUCCAGUAGGUGUCACUAGUAUUAAACACAGUCUGAGAGAGUACAGGAUACAAAGUGUAAAGUCACUAUCCUUCCAGUAGGUGUCACUAGUAUUAAAUACAGUCUAAGAGAGUACAGGAUACAAAGUGUAAAGUCACUAUCCUUCCAGUAGGUGUCACUAGUAUUAAACACAGUCUGAGAGAGUACAGGACACAAAGUGUAAAGUCACUAUCCUUCCAGUAGGUGUCACUAGUAUUAAACACAGUCUGAGAGAGUAGAGGAUACAAAGUGUAAGGUCACUAUCCUUCCAGUAGGUGUCACUAGUAUUAAACACAGUCUGAGAGAGUACAGGACACAAAGUGUAAAGUCACUAUCCUACCAGCAGGUGUCACUAGUAUUAAACACAGUCUGAGAGAGUUGAGGAUACAAAGUGUAAAGUCACUAUCCUUCCAGUAGGUGUCACUAGUAUUAAACACAGUCUGAGAGAGUACAGGACACAAAGUGUAAAGUCACUAUCCUUCCAGUAGGUGUCACUAGUAUUAAACACAGUGUCUGAGAGAGUACAGGACACAAAGUGUAAAGUCACUAUCCUUCCAGUAGGUGUCACUAGUAUUAAACACAGUCUGAGAGAGUACAGGAUACAAAGUGUAAGGUCACUAUCCUUCCAGUAGGUGUCACUAGUAUUAAACACAGUCUGAGAGAGUACAGGAUACAAAGUGUAAAGUCACUAUCCUUCCAGUAGGUGUCACUAGUAUUAAACACAGUCUGAGAGAGUAGAGGACACAAAGUGUAAAGUCACUAUCCUUCCAGUAGUGUAAAGUCACUAUCCUUCCAGUAGGUGUCACUAGUAUUAAACACAGUCUGAGAGAGUACAGGACACAAAGUGUAAAGUCACUAUCCUUCCAGUAGGUGUCACUAGUAUUAAACACAGUCUGAGAGAGUACAGGACACAAAGUGUAAAGUCACUAUCCUUCCAGUAGGUGUCACUAGUAUUAAACACAGUGUCUGAGAGAGUACAGGAUACAAAGUGUAAAGUCACUAUCCUUCCAGCAGGUGUCACUAGUAUUAAACACAGUGUCUGAGAGAGUACAGGAUACAAAGUGUAAAGUCACUAUCCUUCCAGUAGGUGUCACUAGUAUUAAACACAGUCUGAGAGAGUACAGGACACAAAGUGUAAAGUCACUAUCCUUCCAGUAGGUGUCACUAGUAUUAAACACAGUCUGAGAGAGUACAGGAUACAAAGUGUAAAGUCACUAUCCUUCCAGUAGGUGUCACUAGUAUUAAACACAGUCUGAGAGAGUACAGGAUACAAAGUGUAAAGUCACUAUCCUUCCAGUAGGUGUCACUAGUAUUAAACAGUGUCUGAGAGAGUACAGGACACAAAGUGUAAAGUCACUAUCCUUCCAGUAGGUGUCACUAGUAUUAAACACAGUGUCUGAGAGAGUACAGGACACAAAGUGUAAAGUCACUAUCCUUCCAGUAGGUGUCACUAGUAUUAACACAGUCUGAAGUACAGGACACAAAGUGUAAGUCACUAUCCUUCCAGUAGGUGUCACUAGUAUUAAAGCUUACAGUCUGAGAAGUACAGGACACAAGUGUAAAAGUCACUAUCCUUCCAGUAGGUGUCACUAAUGUAAACACAGUGUCUGAGAGGUACGGACUACAAAGUGUAAAGUCACUGUAUCCUUCCAGUAGGUGUCACUAGUAUUAAACACAGUCUGAGAGAGUACAGGAUACAAAGUGUAAAGUCACUAUCCUUCCAGUAGAUGUCACUAGUAUUAAACACAGUGUUUGAGAGAGUACAGUAUUAAACACAGUCUGAGAGAGUACAGGAUACAAAGUGUAAAGUCACUAUCCUUCCAGUAGAUGUCACUAGUAUUAAACACAGUGUUUGAGAGAGUACAGGACACAAAGUGUAAAGUCACUAUCCUUCCAGUAGGUGUCACUAGUAUUAAACACAGUCUGAGAGAGUAGAGGAUACAAAGUGUAAAGUCACUAUCCUUCCAGUAGGUGUCACUAGUAUUAAACACAGUCUGAGAGAGUACAGGAUGCAAAGUGUAAAGUCACUAUCCUUCCAGCAGGUGUCACUAGUAUUAAACACAGUCUGAGAGAGUACAGGAUACAAAGUGUAAAGUCACUAUCCUUCCAGUAGGUGUCACUGGUAUUAAACACAGUCUGAGAGAGUACAGGACACAAAGUGUAAAGUCACUAUCCUUCCAGUAGGUGUCACUAGUAUUAAACACAGUGUCUGAGAGAGUACAGGACACAAAGUGUAAAGUCACUGUCCUUCCAGUAGGUGUCACUAGUAUUAAACACAGUCUGAGAGUACAGGACACAAAGUGUAAAGUCACUAUAUCCUUCCGGUAGGUGUCACUAGUAUUAAACACAGUCUGAGAGAGUACAGGGAUACAAAGUGUAAAGUCACUAUCCUUCCGGUAAGAUUGUCACUAGUAUUAAACACAGUGUCUGAGGUACAGGACACAAAGUCAGCAAAAGUCACUAUCCUUCCAGUAGGUGUCACUAGUAUUAAACACAGUGUCUGAGAGAGUACAGGAUACAAAGUGUAAAGUCACUAUCCUUCCAGUAGGUGUCACUAGUAUUAAACACAGUCUGAGAGAGUACAGGAUACAAAGUGUAAGGUCACUAUCCUUCCAGUAGGUGUCACUAGUAUUAAACACAGUGUCUGAGAGAGUACAGGACACAAAGUGUAAAGUCACUAUCCUUCCAGUAGGUGUCACUAGUAUUAAACACAGUCUGAGAGAGUACAGGAUACAAAGUGUAAGGUCACUAUCCUUCCAGUAGGUGUCACUAGUAUUAAACACAGUCUGAGAGAGUAGAGGAUACAAAGUGUAAAGUCACUAUCCUUCCAGUAGGUGUCACUAGUAUUAAACACAGUCUGAGAGAGUACAGGACACAAUGUGUAAAGUCACUAUCCUUCCAGUAGGUGUCACUAGUAUUAAACACAGUGUCUGAGAGAGUACAGGACACAAAGUGUAAAGUCACUGUCCUUCCAGUAGGUGUCACUAGUAUUAAACACAGUCUGAGAGAGUACAGGACACAAAGUGUAAAGUCACUAUCCUUCCAGUAGGUGUCACUAGUAUUAAACACAGUCUGAGAGAGUACAGGAUACAAAGUGUAAAGUCACUAUCCUUCCAGUAGGUGUCACUAGUAUUAAAUACAGUCUAAGAGAGUACAGGAUACAAAGUGUAAAGUCACUAUCCUUCCAGUAGGUGUCACUAGUAUUAAACACAGUCUGAGAGAGUACAGGACACAAAGUGUAAAGUCACUAUCCUUCCAGUAGGUGUCACUAGUAUUAAACACAGUCUGAGAGAGUACAGGACACAAAGUGUAAAGUCACUAUCCUUCCAGUAGGUGUCACUAGUAUUAAACACAGUCUGAGAGAGUACAGGACACAAAGUGUAAAGUCACUAUCCUUCCAGCAGGUGUCACUAGUAUUAAACACAGUCUGAGAGAGUACAGGAUACAAAGUGUAAAGUCACUAUCCUUCCAGUAGGUGUCACUAGUAUUAAACACAGUCUGAGAGAGUACAGGACACAAAGUGUAAAGUCACUAUCCUUCCAGUAGGUGUCACUAGUAUUAAACACAGUCUGAGAGAGUACAGGACACAAAGUGUAAAGUCACUAUCCUUCCAGUAGGUGUCACUAGUAUUAAACACAGUCUGAGAGAGUACAGGAUACAAAGUGUAAAGUCACUAUCCUUCCAGUAGGUGUCACUAGUAUUAAACACAGUCUGAGAGAGUACAGGAUACAAAGUGUAAAGUCACUAUCCUUCCAGUAGGUGUCACUAGUAUUAAACACAGUCUGAGAGAGUACAGGACACAAAGUGUAAAGUCACUAUCCUUCCAGUAGGUGUCACUAGUAUUAAACACAGUCUGAGAGAGUACAGGACACAAAGUGUAAAGUCACUAUCCUUCCAGUAGAGUACAUUAACCAGUGCAAAGCAGGUGAAUGGAUUGUGGGGAUCCAAUUUCAGAAUCUCGGGAUAGGAUUUUGAAAGUUCUGAAUCCAGUGAGUUAAUAAAGUAUACAUAUCAGUAAAGGCUCUCCAUGCAUGCAAGUGUUGUACAGUCUUAUUUACAGAGUUACAGGAGGGAAGGGACAGAGUUAUAAAAAAAAUGUAUAAAUGAGAUUAAUGUGCAGAGUGAUAGCUGUGUUGUGUAAAUAGUAAUCUCUCUCUCUCGCCUUUACUUAGAGAUCUUUUUUUAACCCUUUACGGAAUAUUCCGUCAUGAUUCCCUUUUAUUCCAGAAGUUGUGUCCUUAAGGGAUUAAGUUUUAUAACUUGCAUGAGCGCGAGCGCUAUAACACUGACAGAUUGCAGUGUCCACAAUUUGCAAAGAUUUCUUCAUGGUGUGUCUCAAGUAACAAUUUUUGGUUCCACAGCUUCUCCACAAAGCACAACCGCUCCAUCAUCAACAGUUACUACAGAAAACCCAACAUCUCCAUCAUCAACAGUUACUACAGAAAACCCAACAUCUCCAUCAUCAACAGUUACUACAGAAAACUCAGCCGCUCCAUCAGUAACAAUUGCUACAGAAAACCCAACUUCUCCAUCAGUAACAAUUACUACAGAAGACUCGACCGCUCCAUCAACCCCAGAUUCAACAAUUAACUCAACCGCUCCAGCAACCGAAGUUACUCCAAACAAAGACACUUCAACCAGUACUAACCCACCAGGUAAAAAUGUAUUAAUACUGAUUUAGCACAGAUAAGAAUACAGAAUAUCCUCCAAUAUUUGCAAUAACUGCAGUAGCCACUGGGGUGGAAGGAGCUCUGUGAUAAGUUCCCUGAAUUCUAGGUGACAAUGCCAUGCUGUGCCCAUUGCAGAGUGAAGGCUGGUCAAUAAAGAAACAGUUUAUAUUUCCUGCAGUGUAACAUUGUAUUACGGACCUUUAGUGACUGUGAGGACCAAUAAACAGAGUCCAGAGUAUGGGAGACCAGAGUACGGGAGAACAGAGUACGGGAGAACAGAGUACGGGAGACCAGAGUACGGGAGAACAGAGUACGGGAGACCAGAGUACGGGAGACCAGAAUACGGGAGUCCAGAGUACGGGAGACCAGAGUACGGGAGACCAGAGUACGGGAGACCAGAAUACGGGAGUCCAGAGUACGGGAGAACAGUACGGGAGACCAGAGUACGGGAGACCAGAAUACGGGAGACCAGAGUACAGGAGACCAGAGUACGGGAGAACAGAAUACGGGAGACCAGAGUACAGGAGACCAGAGUACGGGAGACCAGAGUACAAGAGACCAGAGUACGGGAGACCAGAGUACGGGAGACCAGAGUACGGGAGCAGGGGACUGAUAGCUUGGAGACAUUCAUUUGAGUGACUCCUGGUAUUUCUUCUGCAAGGUGUUCCUUCUCACCUCUUUUCAAACAUGAAAACUCAAGGAUGCCCUUGCAGACCACAAAUAUAAGAUAAUAAUGAUUAUAAUAAAUAGUUUGUAUUGUUACCACUGCAGUUAGUUGGUUUGGAAAUGUGGAAUUUUCUUGUCAGUUCUAUCUAGUCGCCAGUUUGUGGAAUAAAAACAGAUUGUAGAGGAAGUAUUUUAGUGAUUUCAUGUAUGGAAUAAAGACAGAUUUUAUUUUAAAAGCAUGUGGUUAUCCCCGUAGAUGGACUUAUAAUUCUUUGCGGACUGUGAAUGCCAACGCAGCCCAAUGGUGGUGGAUGUAAUAAUAAUUUUAUCUUUCAGUUCAUUGUUACCGUGAAGCUCUCAGGGCUGUCAGGGGGCUGUGGGAGCCGGGCCGAUGCUGUCAUUUAAUAUGUUCUGUUGUUUCUCACACAGUCAGCAAUAAAUGCAAUGAUACCAGCUGUGGAGGUGACGCUGUGUGUGUCCCACUGUUUGAUAGUAUCGCCUGCCAGUGUCCCGUUAGGUUUUUUUAUGAAGACCAGAGCUGUAAAGAAGGUAAGAAUGACACCAAGCCUUUCCCAGGUAACAAGCGGUAACAUGUGAAUGCCACGCAAUUAAUACACAAGUAUAUCACAUUAUCAUACCUCCCAAGUGUCCCUAUUUUGGAUGGACAGUCCCUACUUUAAUCCCUCUGUCUUGCUUUGUACCUGUGUAAUGUUGGGAGGCGUUAUAUCACAUGUAUGUUAGCGUGUCACAUAGUGGCUGCAACAUUUAAUACACUUGUAAAUCACAUUAUACAUAGUUAUAUAGUUACAUAGUUACAUAGUUACAUAGCUGAAAAGAGACUUGCUUCCAUCAAGUUCAGCCUUCCUCACAUUUGUUUUUUGCUGUUGAUCCAAAAGAAGGCAAAAAAACCCAGUUUGAAGCACAAUUUUGCAACAAGCUAGGAAAAAAAUUCCUUCUUGACCCCAGAAUGGCAGUCAGUUUUAUCCUUGGAUCAAGCAGUUAUUACCCUACAUUGAAAGAUUAUAUCCUUGAAUAUUCUGUUCUUGCAAGUAUGCAUCUAGUAGCCGUUUGAACAUCUGUAUGGACUCUGAUAAAACCACUUCUUCAGGCAGAGAAUUCCACAUCCUGAUUGUUCUUACAGUAAAAAAACCUUUCCUUUGCCUUAGACGAAAUCUUCUUUCUUCCAGUCUAAACGCAUGGCCUCGUGUCCUAUGUAAAGUCCGGUUUGUGAAUAGAUUUCCACACAAUGGUUUGUAUUGGCCCCGAAUAUAUUUGUAUAAUGUUAUCAUAUCCCCUCUCAGGCGACGUUUUUCUAAACUAAAUAGGUUUAAAUUUGUUAACCUUUCUUCAUAGCCGAUAUGUUCCAUUCCUUUUAUUAAUUUUGUAGCCCGCCUCUGCACUUUUUCUAGUGCCAUAAUAUCCUUCUUUAGAACAGGUGCCCAAAAUUGCACAGCAUAUUCAAUAUGGGGUCUUACCAGUGAUUUAUAAAGAGGCAAAAUUAUAUUCUUGUCCCGAGAAUGAAUGCCCUUUUUCAUGCAUGAUAAUACCUUACUGGCCUUGGCCACCAUGUAUGUCACAUGGUGGCUGCAGAGAGUGGAGUUCAGACCACGGGGGACCCAGCCAUACUAACUUUUCCCACAAUAUUUGACGUAUCAUUUCACAUGUUAUUCCGUGUAAUAUUCCACGUAUCAUUUCACAUGUUAUUCCGUGUAAUAUUCCACAUAUAAUUUCACAUGUUAUUCCAUGUAAUAUUCCACAUAUCAUUUCAUAUGUUAUUCCGUGUAAUAUUCCAUGUAUCAUUUCACAUGUUAUUCCGUGUAAUAUUCCACGUAUCAUUUCACAUGUUAUUCUGUUUACUAUUCCACGUAUCAUUUCACACGUUAUUUUGUGUGGUUUUCCACGUAUCAUUUCACAUGUUAUUCCGUGUAAUAUCCCAGUUAUCAUUUCACAUGUUAUUCCGUGUAAUAUUCCACGUAUCAUUUCACAUGUUAUUCCGUGUAAUAUUCCAUGUAUCAUUUCACAUAUUAUUACGUGUAAUAUUUCAUGUAUCACUUCACAUGUUAUUCCGUGUAAUAUUCCACAUAUCAUUUCACAUGUUAUUCUGUGUAAUAUUCCACUUAUCAUUUCACAUGUUAUUCCGUGUAAUAUUCCACGUAUCAUUUCACAUGUUAUUCUGUGUAAUAUUCCAUGUAUCAUUUCACAUGUUUUUCUGUGUAACAUUCCACGUAUCAUUUCACAUGUUAUUCUGUGUGGUUUUCCACGUAUCAUUUCACAUGUUAUUCCGUGUAAUAUUCCAUGAAUCAUUUCACGUGUUAUUCCGUGUAAUAUUCCACGUAUCAUUUCACAUGUUAUUCUGUGUGGUUUUCCACGUAUCAUUUCACACGUUAUUCCGUGUAAUAUUCCAUGAAUCAUUUCACAUGUUAUUCCGUGUAAUAUUCCACGUAUCAUUUCACAUGUUAUUCCGUGUAAUAUUCCACGUAUCAUUUCACAUGUUAUUCCGUGUAAUAUUCCAUGAAUCAUUUCACAUGUUAUUCCGUGUAAUAUUCCAUGAAUCAGUCCACGUUGUGUGUUUUAUCUGUUCCUGAUGUUCAUCCUAUCUGAGUGAGCUUUGUUCAGUUCCCUGCUGUGGCUUGUUUGGUGGCUGAGUGUGAGUGGGUCUGUGUUAGGACACUACAACAUGUUCAUUUCUCUGCCUGCAGGGGGCAGCGUGCUUGGAAAACUCAUAAUCCAGGAUAGAAUCUUUGAUCAAGAUACAGAGUCUGAAGCAUACACUGCACUGUACCAGGAAAUACAAAACUUUGUGAGUAGAUUUAUUGGAAAACACAUGAUUUAUUUUAACUUAAAAAAAAAGUGUCACUCACACUCAUUACCGGUAACCUGUCACUCACACUCUCAGUACUACUAAUGUGUCACUCACACUCUUAGUACUACUAACGUGUCACUCACACUCUCAUACUGAUACCCUGUCACUCACACUCAUUACCGGUAACUAGUGAUGUCCCGAACGGUUCGCCGAACGGUUCGCCACGGACUCAUCAUUGAGAAAACUUUGACCCUGUACCGCACAGUCAGCAGACACAUUCCAGCCAAUCAGCAGCAGACCCUCCCUCCCAGACCCUUCCACCUCCUGGACAGCUCACUAAAAAUGCAGCUUCAAAAUGGAUGCUGUCCAGGAGGUGGGAGGGUCUGGGAGGGAGGGUCUGCUGCUGAUUGGCUGGAAUGUGUCUGCUGACUGUGAGGUACAGGGUCAAAGUUUACUCAAUGAUGAGUCCGCGGCGAACCGUUCGGCGAACCGUUCGGGACAUCACUACCGGUAACCUGUCACUCACACUCUCAGUACUACUAACGUGUCAUACUGAUACCCUGUCACUCACACUCCCAUACUGACGCUCAAUUUUAUUGACGUAAGAAUCCAUGGUUACCAUCAAAAUAUCACAGUGCAACAAACUAACAAUACUCUUUUUUCCCGUCCAGUUUACAAAAUCACUGGGACAACAAUACAAUGGCACCUACGUUGAAACUGUUAUUGAGAAUAUAACGUAAGUACAAAUAUAUUAUACCAAAAGGAAUAUAUUACAUGUUUAGUUUUAGAGGGCACUGUGGCAAUAGGAUGAAUGUGUUAGUAUGGAGGGAUCCCCGGCAUAGGAGAUCUGGGAGGGCUACCCUGCGUAGGAGAUCUGGGAGGGAUCCCUGGCGUAGGAAAUCUGGGAGGGAUAUCCAGCAUAGGAGAUCUGGGAGGGAUACCCGGCGUAAGAGAUCUGGGAGGGAUACCCGGCGUAGGAGAUCUGGGAGGGAUCCCCGGCGUAGCAGAUCUGGGAGGGAUACCCGGCGUAGGAGAUCUGGGAGGGAUACCGGGCGUACGAGAUCUGGGAGGGAUACCCGGCGUACGAGAUCUGGGAGGGAUACCGGGCGUAGGAGAUCUGGGAGGGAAACCCGGUGUAGGAGAUCUGGGAGGGAUACCUGGCGUAGGAAAUCUGGGAGAGAUACCCGGUGUAGGAGAUCUGGGAGGGAUACCCGGUGUAGGAGAUCAGGGAGGGAUACCCGGUGUAGGAGAUCUGGGAGGAAUACCCAGUGUAGGAGAUCAGGGAGGGAUACCCGGUGUAGGAGAUCUGGGAGGGAUACCCGGUGUAGGAGAUCUGGGAGAGAUACCCGGUGUUGGAGAUCUGAGAGAGAUACCCGGUGUAGGAGAUCUGGGAGGGAUACCCGGUGUAGGAGAUCUGGGAGGGAUACCCGCGUAGGAGAUCUGGGAGGGAUACCCAGCGUAGGAGAUCUGGGAGGGAUACCCGGUGUAGGAGAUCUGGGAGGGAUACCCGGUGUAGGAGAUCUGGGAGGGAUACCCGUGUAGGAGAUUUGGGAGGGAUACCCGGUGUAGGAGAUCUGGGAGGGAUACCCGGUGUAGGAGAUCUGGGAGGGAUACCCGUGUAGGAGAUCUGGGAGAGAUACCCGGUGUAGGAGAUCUGGGAGGGAUACCCGUGUAGGAGAUCUGGGAGAGAUACCCGGUGUAGGAGAUCUGGGAGGGAUACCCAGUGUAGAAGAUCUGGGAGGGAUACCCGUGUAGGAGAUCUGGGAGAGAUACCCGGUGUAGGAGAUCUGGGAGGGAUACCCGGUGUAGGAGAUCUGGGAGGGAUACCCGGUGUAGGAGAUCUGGGAGAGAUACCCAGCGUAGGAGAUCUGGGAGGGAUACCCGGCGUAGGAGAUCUGGGAGGGAUACCCGGUGUAGGAGAUCUGGGAGGGAUACCCGUGUAGGAGAUCUGGGAGAGAUACCCGGUGUAGGAGAUCUGGGAGGGAUACCCGGUGUAGGAGAUCUGGGAGGGAUACCCGUGUAGGAGAUCUGGGAGGGAUACCCGGUAUAGGAGAUCUGGGAGGGAUACACAAUGUUGGAGAUAUGAGACUGUUGUGAGUGAUGUAUAAUAGAAUCUUUUUAUUUCCAGAGCGGUUUCAUCUACAAGUCGAGCACUUACAACCGUAGUUACUGCCCUAGUUACUAACAUGUUUAAUACUCUCUCAAUAAAUCUCACUGAAAUAAAUGAGUUCAUCCUGAACAAGGUGGCUGGCGAGACGUUCUCUUAUAGCAGUAAGUUAACGGCUAUUAUAUUGUUCUGUGUGUUUAGCAGAGAAACGUAUAAAACAAUCUGAAUUCCUCAAAAGGGAAUAUAUAUUAUUAAUAAAAGCUAAUUACUGAAAGAAACUAGAGAUAUUAAUUCUAAGUAAUAAUAUAAUAAUAAAGUUAUAAUUGCUGUAACUUUAUAACCAGGUCGCAGUAUUUGUGAAGUCGCUAGCUGUGAUCUGAAAACAACAGCCUGCAUUGAGACACAAAAUGGUCAGAAUACUGACUGUUCCUGCCUUGGGGGACACUAUCGUGAGAGCAACACUGCCUGCAAAAGUAAGGACGCAACUUCUUUUCUGAUCCUGUUACACCUGCACCCCAGCCAAAGCUCCCUCCUGCACCCUCAAUCAGAGCUCCUACCUGCAACCCCAACCAGAGCUCCCACGUGAUGUGCCCCCCAGCCAGAGCUCCCUCCUGCAACCUCAAUAAGAGCUCCCACCUGCAACCCAGCCAGAGCUCCCACCUACAACCACAAUCAGAUCUCCCACCUGCACCUCAGCCAGAGCUCACAGGUGUCCCCCAGCCAGAGCUCCUCCUGUAACCCCAAUCAGAGCUCCCAACUGCACCUCAGCCAGAGCUCCCACCUGCAACCUCAACCAGAGCUCCCUCCUGUAACCCCAAUCAGAUAUCCCACCUGCAACCCAGCCAGAUCUCCCACCUGCAACCUCAACCAGGGCUCCCAUCUGCACCCCCAAUCAGCAUUCAGAGCUCCCACCUGCACCCCGAAUCAGAGCUCCCACCUGCAACCCCAACCAGAUCUCCCACCUGCAACCUCAAUCAGCGCUCCCACCUGCACCUUCAACCAGAGCUCCCACGUGCCCCCCAGGCCGAGCUCCCACCUGCAACGCCAACCAGAUAUCCCACCUGCACCUCAGCCAGAGCUCCCACCUGCAAUCUCAAUCAGAGCUACCACCUGCAACCCAACCAGAUAUCCCACCUGUACCUCAGCCAGAGCUCCCAUCUGCACCCUAACCAUAGCUCCCACCUGCACUCCAGCCAGAGCUCCCACCUGCACCCCAACUAGGGUUCCCACCUGCACCCUCAGGUCCCACCUGGAUCCAAAAAAACUCAUCCACCUGCACCUCCAGAGCUCCCACCUGCACACCCAGCCAGACUUCUUACCUGCUCCCCCAACCAGAGCUUCCACCUGCACCUUAGCCAGAGCUCCCACCUGCUCCUCCAACCAGAGCUCACACCUGCAUGUUAACCAGAGCUCACAUCUGCACUGCCAGAGCUCCCACCUGCCCCCCAACCAGAGCUCCUACCUACACCUAGCCAGAGCUCCCACCUGCAACCUCAACCAGAGCUCCCUCCUGUAACCCCAAUCAGAUCUCCCACCUGCAACCUCAACCAGAGCUCCCAUCUGCACCCCCAAUCAGCAUUCAGAGCUCCCACCUGCACCCCCAAUCAGAGCUCCUACCUGCAACCCCAACCAGAUCUCCCACCUGCAACCUCAAUCAGAGCUCCCACCUGCACCUCCAACCAGAGCUCCCACGUGCCCCCCAGCCCGAGCUCCCACCUGCAACCCCAACCAGAUAUCCCACCUGCACCUCAGCCAGAGCUCCCACCUGCAACCUCAAUCAGAGCUCCUACCUGCAACCGUAACCAGAGCUCCCACCUGCAACCACAACCAGAUCUCUCACCGGCACCCUUAACCAGAUCUACCACCUGCACCCUUAACCAGAGCUCCCACCUGCAACCCCAACCAGAGCUCCCACCUGCAACCUCAACCAUAUCUCUCACCUGCAACCCCAACCAGAUCCCCACCUGCAACCUCAACCAUAUCUCCCACCUGCAACCCCAACCAGAUCACCACCUGCAUCCUUAACCAGAUCUACCACCUGCACCCUUAACCAGAGCUCCCACCUGCAACUCCAAGCAGAUCUCUCACCUGCACCAAAAAGAACAACUCUUAUAUUAACCAUAUGAACAUAAAAACUGUGUUUUAUCAUUGUGUUUCUAUGAGAGCGAUUGUGAUAUGAUAUAAACGUCUAAUUAUGGCUCAGUAACUGUAUCUGUAAUUCCACCAGGCGCUCACUUACUGUAUCAUAUAGCCAUCAUUGUGUGAUAAUCUCUAACUACAAAUAACAAUAUAUUAUAUAUGAAUUUCUGUCAUUAAUUAUAAAUGCAGGCGAGCCCCAAACCAAAUAAAAAUCAGUUAUUUGUGUCCAAGGUACAAGGUGUUUGAUAAAUACACAUCAAACAAGGCUAUUUACUAACGUGAGGAUUCAAAGAAUUAAAGACCAAAGCAGCCGUACUGGAAGCAUUGCUGACUAAGAGAAUAUUUCCACUUUGAAUUCUCCCUGUAGUGAAUAACCUGUAAAUGUACUGUGCUGCGGUAUAUGUUGGUGCUCUACAAUAAUAAUAAUACCGGGUGUGUAUUCUCCUAUCUUUCAGACUGUAAUGAUCAUUGUGCAGCUAAAACUAAUCAGCAAUGUGUUUGGAGCACUCAAACCUCUGAGGAAAAAUGCCAGUGUCUCCCAGGAUACACCACAAACAAAGAUGGAGGCUCGUGCAAAGAGUACGUUACGCUCCAAAUGCCAGGACUCCAAUUCGUCUCUUUUGGUCUAAAUUUUGGAAUUCCCUUUGAAUUUUCAGCAGUUCUUAGUUUACAGAGUAACCUGCAUUAUUUUUAGUAGCAGGAAAUCCUCCUGAUAGCAGUGAAUAAAACAGUUUAUUUAAUUUUCAUUUAAUGUUCUGGCAGCAAUGUAAAAUGCGUGGGGGAAUCAGACAAUGUAUUGAAUGUCAGUUCC